UGCUGCGACCGAGCUCCUGUGCGCGCGAGCUCAGGCAGCGGCUCGACCCCUCCUCCAAAAGAUGUCGCAGGAGUUCCGGUGCUUCUCCUCCUCCGCCGCCGCCGCUGCCGCCGCUCCGCUCGUCCCGCUGCCCUGAACCGUUCACCGAGUCCGGUCCGACCUCUCACGGCCGUUAGCAGCAGCCAGCCCGGUCCUCCCCCUCUCCUCCCUCCCUCCCUCACCCAGCACGGAGGUGUUUAAACCGGCGCAUCCUCUCUCUCUCUCUCUCUCUGUCACUCAUCCUCUCUCUCUCUCUCUCCCCCCUCUCUCUCUCUGUCACUCAUCCUCUCUCUCUCUCUCUCCCCCCCUCUCUCUCUCUCCUCCACCGCCGCAGAACUCCGCCGACCAACCGUCAGGUGACCGGAGCGGAGCGGAAUAUUCAUCAGCACCGUCGUCGUCUUUUCAUCCCUCCACUCCUUCGGACUCCAGGCGACCGGAGCUGCCGCAGCCCCCGGUUCUCUUCCCCUCCCCAACCCCCCUGUAUCCUCUCAUCCGGUCUGGGACAUUCUCCGCUCCACGCACACGCAGAUUAACGGGGAUUCUGCCUCCCCGCCCGCGCGCUGAUGCUGAUGUCCUUGAGCUCGGCCUGCACGGUCCUGGUGGUGCAGCAAUAGCUACCUCUGAACUGGAUCCGCUUCCUGUCUCUGAUUCAUCAGCCGCCUUUGCCUCGCUCGCCCCUCUCUCCACCCGUCCGUCAUCCCUCCAUCGCUGUCUGCAGGUCUGUCCGCCCGUCCGUCCGUCCGUCCAUGGACUGGCCGUGACCCCGGAGGGAGGGGGACAGAAACGAGGAAAGAGCGGAGUUGCAGAGGAGACGAAGGAAAAGAAAGCUGGAUUCAUUCAGACGUCACGCUUCUGAAGUGCCCCUGUUCGCCGUCCUUCAUCCCCCUCACCCUCCUCCUCCUCCGCCUCCCUCUGUUACAGAGAUUUAAAGGAGCGGUGGGAGGCAAAGGCCGAGAUAGGUAGGAGAAAAACAAUUCACAACCAACGCCCUCUCAUUGCCCUUAUAUAUAUUUAAAGAGGGGUUUGGGCAUAUUGGUACAUUUUUUUAUAAAUAAAAAUAUUUAGACAGAAAACCGAGACUGUGGAGCACAUGAACAACCCUCCAACAAGCAGACGAAAGGGGACCUGAGCAGACUACGGAGAGAGAGGAGGACCAAAACAGAGGAAAACACUCACUGAUAUGUCAACGACAGCCACGAUGGGUGAAAUGGCAAACAGCGCUGUGGAGUUUUAUCCUAAAGGGACUCGAGGCGGGGGUGGAGGAGGAAGGGCAGAUGGCAGCCAUGCAGGCGGAGACUUUGGGGUCACGGUUACGGAGCUCAGGGAGCUGAUGGAGCUCCGAGGAGCUGACGCCAUACAGAAGGUCCAGGACAGCUAUGGAGGCACAGACGGCCUCUGCCAGAGACUACAGUCCAGCAUCACUGACGGCCUCAGUGGCGACCCGGCGGACCUGGAGCGUCGAGGCCAAACGUACGGCCAAAACUUCAUCCCCCCGAAGAAGCCCAAGACCUUCCUGGAGCUGGUGUGGGAGGCCUUGCAGGACGUCACGCUCAUCAUCUUGGAGGCUGCCGCCAUCAUCUCCCUCGGUCUCUCCUUCUACCAGCCUCCCGGAAAGGAAACCGAAUCUUGCGGGAAUGUGUCGGGGGGUGCAGAAGACGAAGGCGAGGCCGACGCCGGCUGGAUCGAGGGUGCGGCCAUCUUGCUCUCCGUUGUGUGCGUUGUCCUCGUGACGGCGUUUAACGACUGGUCCAAAGAGAAGCAGUUCCGCGGUCUGCAGAGUCGGAUCGAGCAGGAACAGAAGUUCACAGUCGUGCGGAAAGGAAACGUCAUCCAGAUACCUGUGGCUGACAUGGUGGUGGGCGACCUGGCUCAGGUCAAAUACGGUGACCUGCUGCCGGCUGAUGGGAUCCUGAUCCAGGGCAAUGAUCUAAAGAUAGAUGAGAGCUCCCUCACAGGAGAGUCUGACCACGUACGCAAAUCUGUGGAGAAGGACCCCAUGCUGCUCUCAGGUACCCAUGUGAUGGAGGGAUCUGGUCGGAUGCUGGUGACAGCUGUAGGCGUCAACUCACAGACAGGCAUCAUCUUCACCCUGCUGGGAGCCGGAGAGGUGGAGGAAGACGGCAAAGAGAAGAAAGGAAAACAACCCGAUGGAGCAGUGGAGAACAAUCAGAACAAAGCCAAGAAGCAGGACGGGGGUGUUGCCAUGGAGAUGCAACCCCUGAAGAGUGCAGAGGGAGGCGAGGUGGAGGACCGAGAGAAGAAGAAGACCAAUGUUCCUAAGAAAGAGAAGAGCGUCCUGCAGGGCAAACUCACCAAACUGGCCGUUCAGAUCGGCAAAGCAGGUUUGGUGAUGUCGGCCAUCACUGUCAUCAUUCUGGUGCUGUACUUUGUCAUCAACACAUUUGUCGUUGAAGGUCGCACAUGGAUGACAGAGUGCACUCCGGUCUACAUCCAGUACUUUGUCAAGUUCUUCAUCAUUGGAGUCACUGUGCUGGUGGUGGCCGUCCCCGAGGGUUUACCACUCGCUGUCACCAUCUCUCUGGCUUAUUCUGUCAAGAAAAUGAUGAAAGACAACAACCUUGUACGGCAUCUGGAUGCUUGCGAGACCAUGGGCAAUGCCACGGCCAUCUGCUCCGACAAGACUGGCACCCUCACCACCAACCGCAUGACGGUAGUGCAGACUUACGUAGGUGAUGUGCACCACCGUGUGAUCCCAGACCCUGGACAGAUCAACCCCCGGACACUGGAUCUGUUAGUCAACGCUAUUGCCAUUAACAGCGCCUACACCUCCAAGAUCUUACCUCCUGAUGUGGAGGGAGGUCUGGCUAAGCAGGUGGGCAACAAGACAGAGUGUGGUCUGCUGGGAUUUGUAUUAGACCUACAGCAAGACUACGCUCCUGUCAGAGACCAGAUCCCUGAGGAGAGACUGUACAAGGUGUAUACAUUUAACUCAGUGCGUAAAUCCAUGAGUACGGUGAUCAAACUGCCCGAUGGUUCCUUCCGCCUCUACAGCAAAGGAGCCUCCGAGAUCAUGUUGAAGAAGUGUUCCUACAUCCUGGACGCCAAUGGAGAAGCACGCAGUUUCCGCCCACGUGAUCGAGAUGAGAUGGUUAAACAGGUGAUUGAGCCAAUGGCGUGUGAGGGACUGAGGACCAUCUGCAUUGCAUACCGUGACCUGCCGUCCAAUCCAGAGCCAGACUGGGAGAACGAGGCAGAAAUAGUGACAGAGCUGACCUGCAUCACUGUGGUUGGAAUUGAGGAUCCUGUGCGGCCUGAGGUGCCUGAGGCCAUCCGUAAGUGUCAGCGUGCAGGCAUCACGGUGCGAAUGGUGACUGGUGAUAACAUUAACACAGCGAGGGCCAUCGCUGCUAAAUGUGGCAUCAUCCACCCCGGAGACGACUUUAUCUGUCUUGAAGGCAAAGAUUUUAACCGACGAAUCAGGAACGAGAAAGGAGAGAUUGAACAGGAACGUAUUGACAAAAUCUGGCCCAAACUGCGCGUGCUGGCUCGAUCCUCGCCAACCGACAAACACACACUGGUUAAAGGCAUCAUCGACAGCAGCGUUGUAGAACAGAGGCAGGUUGUCGCAGUAACAGGAGAUGGAACUAAUGAUGGACCCGCUUUGAAAAAGGCUGAUGUGGGCUUCGCCAUGGGUAUUGCAGGCACAGACGUGGCUAAAGAGGCGUCUGACAUCAUCCUGACCGAUGACAACUUCAGCAGCAUCGUCAAGGCGGUGAUGUGGGGACGAAAUGUUUACGAUAGCAUCUCCAAGUUCCUCCAGUUCCAGCUCACGGUCAACGUAGUGGCUGUCAUUGUGGCCUUCACUGGGGCCUGCAUCACUCAGGACUCUCCUCUGAAGGCGGUGCAGAUGCUGUGGGUAAAUCUGAUCAUGGAUACGUUUGCCUCCCUGGCACUGGCCACUGAGCCCCCCACCGAGGCCCUGUUGCUACGGAAACCCUACGGCCGGAACAACCCGCUCAUCUCGCUGACCAUGAUGAAGAACAUCCUGGGCCAUGGAGUGUACCAGCUGGUCAUCAUCUUCACCCUGCUGUUCAUAGGCGAGCGCAUGUUUAACAUCGACAGUGGUCGUAACGCUCCGCUCCACUCCCCUCCCUCCGAGCACUACACCAUCAUCUUCAACACCUUUGUGCUCAUGCAGCUUUUCAACGAAAUCAAUGCUCGCAAGAUACACGGAGAGAGAAACGUCUUUGAUGGCAUAUUUUCCAACCCCAUCUUCUGCUCCAUUGUUCUGGGAACCUUCGCCGUGCAGAUCGUGAUUGUGCAGUGGGGAGGGAAGCCCUUCAGCUGCGCCCCUCUCAACGUGGAGCAGUGGCUCUGGUGUCUGUUCGUGGGAGUUGGAGAGCUGCUCUGGGGGCAGGUCAUCGCCACGGUGCCAACAGAGCGGCUGCCAUGUCUGAAGGAGGCGGGUCUGGGCCUGGAGCCCAGCGAGGAGGAAGGCGAGGAGCUGGCGGAGGACGAGGAGGAGAUCGACUGUGCCGAGAGAGAACUACGCCGGGGACAGAUCCUCUGGUUCAGAGGCCUCAAUCGUAUCCAGACCCAGAUGGAGGUAGUGAGCACGUUCAAGCGAAGCGGUUCGUUUCAGGGAGCGGUGAGACGGCGCUCCUCCGUGCUCAGUCAGCUCCACGACGUAAACACUAUCUCUACCCCCUCUCACAUGCGAGUGGUGAAAGCAUUCCGUAGUUCGCUGUAUGAGGGCCGGGAGAAACCGGAAUCCCGCAACUCCAUCCACAACUUCAUGGCCCACCCAGAGUUCCUCAUCAACGACCUCAUCCACAACAUCCCGCUGAUUGACGACACCGACGUGGACGACGAAUCAGAGCUCAGCAGAUACCAGCACCUGCACCCGGCCCUCCGCAAGCCACCACCCCCUCCCGCCCAGCCCCCGGCCCGCACCCGUCCCACCCGCCCCUACCGCCAGUACAGCCUCCCGGUGACCCCGUGCAACCGAAACAACAACAACAACAGCAGCAGCAGCAGCAGCAGCAGCAUCGACUCAAUGGUCACCCACGGCAACAAAAGCAACAACCGGAGCCCCUACCAUCACCACCACCGCCACCAACAGCACCACCACCAUAACCAUCACGGCAGGGACCGGCCGGUGAAACCCUCCGCCCCUCACCUGGCCCAUCUCUACUGUGUGGAGACCUCCUUAUAACUGAGCUCUUUGUGGGUUUUGUGGGGGAGGAAGGGAGUCUUGGGGGAGGGGGAGGUAAAGGGUGAGAGUGAGAGAGGGCUGAGGACACACAUGAACAUUUUCAUCCGAUCUCCCCCGAUGACGAGCUCACAGGAGGAUGCGAAGGACGAGGGAGGCACCUGGAGGGAGUGGACAAUGGCUGGAGACUUCUGCUCGCAGCUCCCUGAGAACAUUGCAACUUUCCCUCCCUUUGCCCUUUGCUCCAGCCCUCUCAGUCUGACUCCCCCAAUCCUCCCCUGACCCCCGACCCCCCUCACCCCGACUCCCCACCACCUUCCCCUGCACCCGACCCAGCGGUCUGUCGCCUUCCCCGAGGAGCACCACCCAGCCUCACCCAGCACCGCCGCCGCCCUCAACCCCAGCCUCACAUACCCUCACCACACACUGCGUUUUUGCCCCGAGCGGCGGUCAGGAUGGGGGAGGUAUUGGGUUGGGGGGGGUGACAGACACAUCGGAAAACCGGGAAAACAUCCCUCAACGCUUCAGCAGAACAGGGCCACAUGGCUAUGGGGGCUGACUCACUCUGUUUCUAUUGGUGUUCAUCAUUAGUGUUGUUGUCACUCACCAACCCGCCCAACAUUUAUCUGGCCACUUUAAAGUCACUGCUUUGCUCGCAAUAUGUCAACGAAAAAAAAGAAAAAAAACGCUUUGUUAAAGCUUUAUACUAGACUUCAGUCCUUUCCAUUUCUGAUUUUAUUUCUGGACAUAAUGGUGCUCAUUCAUUUCUUUCUUUUUACAUUGUUCGAUUUAUUUCUUCUCUCUGAAUUUUUUUUAGAGAUUUUAUUCUUUCACCCUUAUCUCUCUCUUUCAGUGUGUGUAUGUGUAUUGUCUUGUCUCUUCUGAAGAAAAAACUAACAAAAAUGUAACAAAAACAAUUUGCAAAGAAAGAAGCUGUUCAUUUAAACCUUAUAGUAAUAGAAUGGCUGCAAAAAACAACUAAAGGAUGGGGGAGGGGGGACACGUAAAUAUAUAUAUAUAUAUAUAUAUAUGUGUGUGUGUGUGUGUGUAUAUAUAUAUAUAUAUAUACACACAUACAUACAUGCAUACAUACAUACACACAUACAUGCAUAGGUAAUUUGAAUGUUUGGGAAGCAACGACACUGAACUUUUCAUCACCCACCCAGUCCCUGAAUAAUGCCUCCCCAUCCAUCAUGACCUGUUAUCUGUUAUCUGUUAUCAGCUAUGAGAUUGUGAGAUCUCAUGUUAAUUUGGAUGUAUACAUUCUUUAGCCCCAUACAGCACUAAACCUAAUUUACAGCCUCCUGCCAUGUCAACGAACUCAUGAGUAUGUGUGGGUAAUAUUGAUGGCGAACCCAACGGUGACGUCCCCCUCCGUCCCUUCAUUCUCUGUUUCCCACCAUCUUCUCUCUUGCUGUUCCUCCUUUGCUCACGUUGUCUCGUCCCUUCUUGGUCUUUUGUCGUCGUCGUCGGGUGUGUGUACACGUGUGUUUGUGUGUGUGUUUCAGCUUUUUUUUCUUUUUGGAAAAAAAACGCUGAACGCUUGUGAAGCAUUAACCCUUUAAAACGCCAUCAAAACACGCAAUGCACAGGCGAUGGCCCUUUAAGACUAACGUGCACUCACUCCGAAAGCCGCUCCUGCUCACGUGCCAUUGGGUGGUACUCCGUCAUGUGACCGGCGCCCUCUCCACAGACAAAGAGAUUGUUUCAUUUGAUCAUUUGGAUGUUGAAUCCAGUCGUGCGUCAGAAUUUUUAAAAAAAUAACAAAAAAUCUCUACCAAUCAGGCUCGCGUCUAAUGUCAUUGUUCAGUUUUAGCUUUAGUCCACUCACAUCUAUCAGGUGCGAACAAUGAAAGCUCAUGUCUCACAUCCUCAUACAUUCCACAUCAUCAUGAUAUACAAUUUGUUGAUUGGGAUAUUUCAAAGAAGCAGUCUGACACUUAAGAAAAUAUUUAUAUUUGCUUUCCUGCUGAGUGUUGGAUGACAAGAUCAACUUUUACAUCUGUGCUGAAAGUGAGGCUUGAAUAUGACAAAGCCUGGAUACAGGAGGAAACAGUUAGCCUGACUCUAAUGCACAUCUUAGCACAUUUAAAGCUCACUAAUUGGCUGCUGGGAGACAUUACACACAUUACACACUUUGUGCUGCAGGAGGCUGUUUAUUCAAUUUUUUGUGGAGUUUCAGUGUUUUGUCAUCAGAAAUUAUUGCUGGGAGGUGCUAAAAAAAUGUGAUUACAAUAACAUAUAUUUCUGCAUAUCCUCCCUGCUGGUUAUCAAUCAUACUUUAGAUAGUAUGAUCACGAACUAAGUAUUAAAUUUCAUUCUGAGGCGUAUAAAUUGCAGACUGAGAAAUACAAGCAUUUGCCUGUGCAGAUUCUCAGUCAUCCGGCUCAUGAUAGCCCAAAGAGCUUCAGUGAAAAGCGACAGGACGCUUGAAGGUGUUUCACCUCUCAUCCAAGAGGCAGAACUGAAGAUGCCUCUUGGGUUUGAGGUGAAGCAUCUUCAAGAACUAAAAAGAAAAGUUGCCUUCUGCUGAAGAAAAUACAAGCAUGUAUUUGACUUCUUUUUCAGCACAGACUGGGCUGUUAGAAUAUGUCUGCUGCUGUACAACCAGAGUUCAAGCAAAAAGGAAUUGCAUUUUAUCAUGUUUUAUUCAUUUUUCAACACACAAAAAAAACUAUUUUGGUGCAUUUAGUUUCUUUAAACUUGAGGCGCAAAAUUAUAAGCUAACAAAGAAACAUACCAACUUAAUGCUUUUAUAGUUGUUGAAAAUUGGAGUAGUCUUACACACCAGAUGUUUCUCUUGCGCUAUCUACAGUUUACCAUUUUCAAAGUCCGCUUCACUACAGGAUACAAUCACAACAACGUCCACACGGAAAAUUUCAGUCACAAGAUAAUUGUGAUUGGCUUAAAGAAAUACAGAGAAGCCAACUUAAUGGAUUUUGGUUUUAUAGAAGAUUAUGUGCCGUAAAAUUUCUGGGCUGACGCUGUGAAUGACGUUAAAAAGAAAUAAUCUGUGAGUGAACUUUAGUGGUGCUGCUUGAAUGAUUUGCUUUCCUUUUGCCCAAACUACGAAAGCUGUUCUCCAUCUUUGACUCACAAGAUAAUUGUGAUUAGUUUAAAGAAAUAUGAACAAGUAGAAUGAUAAUGUUGUGCAGUCAGACCAUUCUACACAGCGCUGUGUCAUAAGUAGAAAAUGUGCUGACCAUGCGAGACUUUAAUUGGAGAGACCUCAGGGUUAAACCAAAGAGAGGUGGUUAUGUAAGAAUGUUGAUGGUUAAUGAGAUGCAGUCAGACCAUUCUAUACAGCGCUAUGCUAGUAGUAGCAAAGAGUCUGGCUAUAUGAGACUGUAAAACAGAGGGUUAAGCCAAAGAAAGGUGGUUUUAUAGACCAUUAUGUGAUUUCCCUGCCGACCUUCUUGGAUUAAACAAAUGAGAAAUAACCUGUUAGUGAGCUUCAGAUGUGCUGCGAGAAGGAUUUUGUUUCUUUAGGGCUAAGCUAGGCCAGCUGUUCCCCCCAGUUUCCCGUCAUUUAAUCAGAAGUUGAUUGUGAUUAGUUUUAGGAAAUGCAAACAAGCAAGAAUGUUUUUUUCCCCUAUAACAGAAUGAUAAUGAGGUGCAGUCAAACCAUUCAACACAGCACUGUAUCAGCAGUAGAGAAUGGUCUGGCUAUGCAAGACUUCAAAAGAGUUUAACCAAAGAGAGGAAACAACAAAUUGUGGUUUUAUAGAAGGCUAUGUGCCAUAAGAGUUUUGGGCGGACCCUCGUGGAAGAAACAAAUGAGGACUAACCUGUUAAUGAGCUUUAGAGGUGCUGCAGGUGUUUCUUUUGGGCUAAGCCAGGAGAGCUGUUUCAUCUUUAAAUCACAAGAUGAUUGUGAUUGGUUUCCCCACUAUAGUAGAAUGAUAAUGUUGUGUAGACAGACCAUUCUACACAGCACUGUGUCAGCAGUAAAGAAUGGUCUGGCUAUGUGAGACUGCAAAUCAGAUGGUUUAACCAAAGAGAGGUGGUUUUGCGGAAGAUUGUGUGAUUUCUGGGCUGAGAAAUGACCUACUGUUGGGCUUUAGAGUUGCUGCUAGACGGAUUUAGUUCGUUCCAGUCAAUAUCGAACUGGUAUCAAGGAAGCCAAUGAGCCUAGUUCCCAAAACAUUGAUCGAGUGGCACAUUAUGUUGUCCAAUGUAAAGGCCAGUGACACGCUGCAUGAACACACCCCAACAACAAAAGAAAAUUAAAUCAGAAGGCCUCCCAUGUGACACCGGGUCCACCGUCACCUCCACCUCAACAUUCCAUGGAACAUACAUUCCAGACGUCACAUUCCAGUGCGGAUGUGAGAGUGCCCUCCUGUAUCCCAUGAUGCACUAGGUGUGGGUGAACCGCUGACUUCAUGUUGCCUCGGAGCGCAACACCGCAAAGCAAUGCAAACUCCUCUGCCGCUUCCCUUUCCGUCGUCCCCCUUCCUGCUCCCCACCGCCCCCCUUUUCCCCGCCCUCGGUCGACUCCCACCAGCCAGAGGAAGGCAAGGGGCAGAUAAUAUGCAACCAGACUGCCAAACACCUGAACCCGGCCGUGAGAGUAGAAACACAGCGAGAGAACAUGUCUGUCCUGCUAGUUCUGUUUCAGGAUACGCGCAGGGCUCUCUGGGAAAACACCUCCCUUACCUGUACAGAACUCUGUCUUCUUGAAUGCUCAUCAUCAUCGUCGUCACCCUCGACCCGGAUGGCGACACUGUAUUGGUCUGUCUGUUUUGAAGCAUGCAUUUGGUAUCAUUAAUGUCACUCUUUAUGUGUUGGUAAAUCAUUUAGGCUACUGUCACUUCUGUGUGCUAUGAUCUCUCCACAUCUGCUUUCUCACACACACACAAACACACACAAAACACAUCCUGUAACCUGUUUCUAUUUCAGCACCUCUGAGCACGGCUACAUCAGUGCUUUCUGCGGUAUUAAAAGAAAAGAGAAAAAAAACAACUUGAAAAAACAAAACAAAAAAAAAACAGACACCAAACGACAAAGAGGGGUGGAGGAAAAUCUGCAGUUGGUGUAAAUUUGACUGUCCAGUUCCAGCCAUCUCUGUCCAUCGUCCAGCACAUCAUGAUGUUGUGAGACAGUUUCACAGAAGGCAAAACACAAUGUGAAAAAGAAUAUAUUAUUUAUCAGAAUUAUAAAAUUGUACAACUGCACCACUACUGUACAGAUCGCCCAAAUGUGCACAUGUGCAUCUUUGAUUUUACAGGUACUAUGUUCCUGUUACACCUUUUUUCUUUUCUUUUUUUAAAUUUAGUUAUUUUUUCUUUCUUUUAACUCCUUUUUGCUUUUUGUAAAGAGAGGAACAACAAAAUGGAAGCGCUUGUAUAUUAUGAUUAUGAUUAUUAUGAUUACUAUUCUUAUUAUUUUCUCCACCGGUGCUCCCACUGAUGGAAAAAAAGACAGUUGCACAUUCUCCUGAGCAUAUUCUGAGGGCUGUGUUUUCUGUCCAUUGAACAGCCCCUGAAGUGUGCAGAGGUGUGGAGAUACUUCUAGUCUCUUAAGACCAGAGACACCACUCUGUAAAUAGAGAACAGGAGAUACAAAAUGUACCUCAUUAUGAUCUAAGGACUGGACAAAGUGGGGACCCAAUGGAGGAUGGAAGAACCGGAGGGCGACGCAGAGCUAGAGGCCGCAGAAGUGCAGCGCAUCCAUGCACUGUUUAGGCUGCUCUCUUAGAUCUGCCCCGAGUAUUUACUGCCAUGUGACAAACGGGAAGGAAUUAAGGUUUUACAUUAUUCAUUAUACAUACUGUUGUAAAUAUUGUGUGUGGAAAUGGUCCCCCUUCUUGCACAACGCAGUGCUGUUCUGCAGACAGAAAAUGCAGCCUUAACUGUGCUGAAACGAUAAAAAGACCAAAAAAAGAAAAAAAACCCAUAAAGACUAUUGAAUAUAUUAAAGAGUUACCUGCCUGUUAUUUAAGCGAAUAAAUAUCUAUAUAUGAGAAAGAACACACCUGUAUACUGUAGACUAAAUCUGUAUGGAAAUCUAAGAGAAUUUAAUGGGAAUUAAGUCCAACACCUUUUGUCUGUAUGAAAGAAAAAAUACAUCAAAGUAUUCUACAAUAAUAACUUUGACAAAGUC